GGGUCUUGCGCCGUGUUCGUAUCACAGCUUGUACCAGAGCACAACAUCUGCCUUGUGAACCCAGCCGACCAUUUAGAAAAUAUCUUAUUAGCCCCACAUCUGAAAUUAAUUCAUAAAGGAAAAUGCCAGGAACACGGCACAAAAUCCUGGGCCAUGUGUUUUCUGGCUUCUGCACCAAGAUGAACCGAACCAAGCAGUUGAGCUCUGCUGACGAGAAUAUGGAGACACCGUUGAAACGAUGCCUCAACACUUUUGACAUUACUUUGUUGGGUAUCGGUCACAUGGUGGGUGCCGGGAUCUACGUGCUGACAGGAACAGUCGCUCGGGAUCUGGCAGGUCCUGGGAUCGUCUUGUCUUUCCUACUGGCCGGGAUGACCUCCAUGUUGGCAGCACUGUGCUACGCAGAGUUCGGUACCCGGGUGCCCAAGGCUGGCUCGGCUUACGUCUACACUUACGUCAGUGUGGGCGAGUUCUGGGCUUUCGUCAUCGGCUGGAACAUCCUACUUGAGCAUAUGAUUGGUGCUGCGUCUGUGGCUCGAGCUUGGAGUGGUUACAUUGACUCUAUCCUGGGCGGAGUGAUCAGCAACUACACUGUCGAGUAUGUGGGCGAGCUGCACGAACAGCUGUUGGGGCGUUACCCAGACUUCCUUGCAUUUGCUGUCUGUCUCUCCUAUACUUGCGUUUUGGCCCUUGGAGUGAAGGGCUCUGCCAUGGUUAACAGUAUCCUCACACUUGUCAACCUGGCUGUCAUGGCACUUGUAGUCAUUGUUGGCUUCUACUAUGCUGAUCUGGACAACUGGACCUUGGAAGGUGGAGGUUUCCUGCCCUACGGACUCCCAGGGGUUGUGGCCGGUGCUGCCACAUGUUUCUACGCAUUUGUUGGUUUCGACAGCAUUGCCACUUCUGGGGAAGAGGCCAGAGACCCUGCCUUCUCUAUCCCUAUAGCCACCAUCAUAUCCAUGACUCUGGUUUGCUUUGGUUACAUCUUGGUAAGCGGAGCCCUGACCCUGAUGGUGCCCUACUGGGCCAUCAGCCCUACAGCAGCUCUGCCCGAGGUCUUCACAACCCUACAGCUGCCCUGGGCCAAGUACGCAGUGACUGUGGGAGCUCUCUGUGGUAUGACCACCACUCUGCUGGGCUCCUUGUUCGCCCUGCCUCGCUGCAUGUACGCCAUGGCUGCCGACGGGCUCAUCUUCUCCUUUCUUGGCAAGGUCAACAAGACUACACAAGUUCCUCUGAUCAACUUGGCAGUCUCGGGCUUGAGCAGCGCUCUGAUUGCUCUUUUCUUUGACUUGGAGAAACUCGUGGAGUUCAUGUCAAUCGGUACAUUGUUGGCCUACACCAUCGUCAGUGCUUCGGUGAUAAUCCUGAGGUACCGACCAGAGAUCACUCCUCUGCUCCGAGAGGACAGUUCACUUUCAGAAGCUGCCACUCCUACUUCGGGGGUGAUAGAGUUUGGAGUGGGUCCGGCCGGUAGACUCAAGCCGAACUACGCCUGGCUGGAGCCUGUCUGCGGGAAGUGUGAGCCAGGAGCUGCCGUCAGUGCCAGUGUGUUCCUGUUCUCUUGCUUCGGCACUGGUCUCUGUCUGCACCUCCACUGGGGCAGUGAGGACGCCCGCAACGGCACCUGGUGGUCUGUCCUCCUCACAGCCUUCUUCAUCGCGGUCCUUUGUGCCUGUUUGGUUAUAAUACAUGCCCACGAGCAGAACAAGAAUGGUCUGGGGUUCGCGGUGCCGCUGGUCCCAACGAUUCCUGCCAUCAGCAUCCUCUCCAACAUCCAACUGAUGGUGCACCUCAACACCCUCACCUGGAUGAGGUUCAUGAUCUGGAUGGCUUUUGGUCUGCUGGUGUACUUCCUCUACGGUAUCCAUCACAGCAAGGAGAACGACUCCGCCACAUCGUACUCUGUACUGCUGGGGUCCGGCUCGGGAGGCAAGAUGCGAUGGGGCUCCAUCGGUGCGCCAGGUACACGGCGUGCCAGCUCGGACACGCGGCCUAUCAUAGACGAAGAGGAGGUGGCGCAGUAGGAUGCUUGUGUCAUGUAUCGGUGUCAGUUACCUUAGGCUAGUCUCUCAGUUCUUCUGUGGAGGAUUGAUUGAGUAAACGUUCAUACACCUUCAUUUUCUGUACUAUGGCAUGUUCUCACUUGGCUAAUUUUCAUCUAUGCAUUAUGAAGUUGUUUUUAUUGGUUGGAAUCAGUACAUUUAAUACUAUAAAAGUAUGUAAAGGCAGAAUGUGUGAAGAAUUUAGAAGUACGAUUAAUGAAUUAAAAAAAAUAUUUAAAAAGUAAUAGACAUUGUUAAAGUUUUUAUGAGAUAAGAAUAAAGAAAUUUAUUAAUUACAAUAUCUGAUAAACAGUUAAAAUCAAAAUAUAAAAAACAUCAGUUCUUCCUAGAGAAAGAACCCCAAAAAAGCACACUUUGUAGUUUGUUAGUAAAGUGGUAUCUUUUCAUAACUUUGUUGUAUAUCUCAAAGUAGGACUCAUACCUCUGUGGAAGUUAAGUUUUUAGUACAAUGUUCUAAUAAAAUUAGCUAAGCCAUGUAUAAACUAAUCUCAAACUAACAACUAUUUACUUGAUUCAAACUAAAAGCGCACAACAAUCCCAUCUGUAUGAUAUGAUGAUACAGGAUAUAUUUUACCAUUUACAAUUUUAUAGUUUCUUUAUAAUUGUAUCAAUAGAAGGUGCACAAGUCCUGGACUCUAGAGAUCUCCGAGAUGUUGGAGUUGAGACUCUCUCCAUCUCACAUUUGCAUCAUAGUUAAAAUUUGGAUUGUUCUUGAAAUAAAACCAACAGUACCAAUUUCUUGACUAAAUGAAUAAAUACUACUAUAUAUAUUUGCUCAGCAAUGCCAACUUACUGUAAUGAAGAUAUUUAAAAGUUGUUAGAAGUCCAAAAGUUGGCGUCAAAUAUUAUUAUUGUAUUUCAUUAGAUUUCUAUCAAAUAAAAAUUAGUUCAUCAACCAAUAAGUUCUUUACUAGUCUACUUAAUAAUUUACUGCUGAAUUUUUAAAUAAAUAAUAUUGCUUACAUCUUUUUGUAUUUUAUAUUAUAGUUUUAUUUUUUUAUGAAAAGGACAGUUUGAAUGUUCAAUAAAUCCCAAAAUUAAUUAAUUUAUAAAUUGGAAAUUUAAAUAAUCAUUUUAGCAUAAAAUUUUGAUUGGCCAUUUCUUGCGAAGAACUAUAUGAUUUUAAAUAAAAAAACUGGUUUUUUCCAUUUCAUGCAAAUGUUAAAAGGUGUUGCACCGAGUAGUGAAACUCUGAGAUACAAUUGUGUGCAAUGACUUCCUGGCUUAUUUCAAUCAAGACACAACACAGAAGAAAAAAAUUAACAUUUAUAAUUUCUUCAUCGACUAAUUGAACUUACUUUGUUUUUUCCCUAGCUGAAAUAAAUCAAUCCUCCAUGGAAACAGUUCCUACAUGUUAUUACAGUAGUUGCACAAUUUGAACCACCUGUUUAGUGAUUAUUUUUAUAAAUUUCACUAAAAAAAUAAAUACCUAGUGUAUUACUUGUCUCGCUUUAAGUUUCACAACAAUCUAGUCACUUGUUGGCUGUGAUUUAUUUUAAGAUUCCAGACUAUAUAUAUAUAUUAUAUUUUAAUAUUUUUGUACAAAUUAUGUUACUUAUUUUAUCAAAGAUCGAAACAAUUUUAUUUGUAAAUGUUAAAAAUGCAUUUAUAAGCAUAAAAGAUUAUUUUCUUGAUGGAAUUUAGAAGGAGACUUGGAGGCCACAAGCCUCAUACUCGAAUCUGAGUUACAUGUAUUACAAGUUUCCUGCUCCUUAUUCUGUCAGAUGAGGUCCUUGCUCAGGCCUGAGGAUGGGCAGGAUGAGACUAAAAUUAAACGGGUCCCUCCUUUAAAUAAAGAGAGCUUAUAAUCAAAUCACUUUUAUAACCCCCUUUUCAAGAGAAUUUGAAGUUAAAAUUACACUAUUUAAAGUCAAUUAAAGUAUUAUUUAAUUAUAUGUUUGAAAAUGUGAUAUUACGCUAGCGAACUUUCACCAUGACUUGAUGUUUGUAAAUGUUAAUUGUACUUGAUAAUUAUCUUCUGCAUUAUUAUAAUGAACCAGUUACCAAUGUUGCUUGAUUUCGUAAUAAUAAAAUAUUAGAUUGUCAGUAAAGAUAACCCUGAGCCGAACAUAUACAGUAUUGUUGUGAUAGAUAUUACAGUACCUGGCUAUGUAACUGUGGAAUAGUUCACAAUUUCACAGCCAAAGUCAAGGUUCCACCAUUCUCUCGUGUUAGAAAGAGUGUGUUAGUGUAACAUUGUAAAUAUCGGUGUCUACUGAACUAAUCGUACCAGGUAUUGCAUUUAAAUUAUCAUUAUCACGGCUAUGUUACUGUAACUAUUGGUGUUGUGAAUUAAAAUUUUAUUUGUGAAAUUCAUGCCUUUACUAGAAUUAAGGUGCUAAAAUAUAAUUUAUGUUAUUUGUUAUUGAUUGUGUGCAGUUAAAUGUUCAGUUACAGUUAUUAUCCUCAGGUAAUAUGGCAAAGUAAUGUGUUUAGUGCGAGGUAGGGGAAGGAGGUAAGCCUUUUUCUCUGUUAAUUCGUUAGCUACCAAAUUUGAGCUAUUCUCAUAACUAUUGGCAAACUAAACAUAAAUAAAAUUAAAAUUUGUAACAUUAUCUUGACAGCAGAUUCAUCUCUUAUUUACCAUUCACAAUUCUGCAUCUGUAAAACCACUGACAUAAGGUUGUAACAAAUAUUUUUUUAAACAUAUAUUAAAUUUCUACAAAUAUAACUUGAAAAAAUAAAAACACCAAUAUUUUCAUUAAUUGUAAUGCCAAGUUGUAGAAUAGUUCAUAUAUGUAAAACAUAUACCAACUUUUGCUGGCUGUAAAAGUAUAAAAGCACAUGCUCUAGAACAGUUUGUAAUCCAAAGUUUGAGAACCAGCAAGAUAGGAAAGAUUGUGGUAAAUUUCAAAUUGCAUGAUUCAUGUAUUUAUCAGUGCUUUUCAAUUUUCUCUUCUAUACAUGUUGCUCAAUUAUUAUGAAAUUUAAACACAUUUUCUUUAUUAUGUUUGUGAAUUGAGAUGGUUCAAAAUUAUUACUAUCUGCAUAAUAUUAUUAGAAUAUUGUGCUUAUUUUUAAAUAAUAACUUUAUGAAAAUCGUUCGAUUAUUCGAUAUCACUUCAGUGUUUGCCAGAGUUGAACGGUAAUACAUGUGAAGAUUUGGCCUCUAGCCAAUCCCAAGUAGGCCAAAGGCUAAUAGUAGUUGAUCCAUAACCUUGACUCUUGACUUACAGAAUGAUAAUGAUAACAAUCAAGUCCAUGGUCAUCAAUAGAAAUAUCUUUACUGUCCAAACACUUACACAAAGUGUGCAACAAUCUUAAAUUAUCAGAUUUCAGGUGUAUUAGCAAAAAUAUUGUACACAAAGUAUUAUAUUGUAAGAUGAUUGAGAGGGAGUUACACAUCCGCCAGCCAUACCUAAUUGUAUACUUUGAGACACUGCAGUCUGCUCUGAGGCAGAUUUAUUGUGAGGGGGAGGCAAAGUUGUAGAACCCACUUUUGUGGUUUUAAACUCAUUUUCUGACAAAUAGAGAGAGGAAGUGCAACUCAAAAUGGUGCAAUUGGGAAAACAGUCACGUGUUAACUCGUGUUAAAGGUCUUGAUAAGACAAGGAAAACAAUGUGAAGAAAAUGUGUUUCAGACCAAUAAACGGGCUAAGAAUAC